GCGACGGAUGCGAAGGCUCGCCAGGAGAGCACAGUGGCAUGGGCAGCAGAUGUGGCUCAGCUGGCGAGCGCUCGCGCCGAGCAUGGCAAGCGGCGUCUGCGAGGUUCUUGAGGACCUUCCGAGGAUCUGGCGAAGGCUCAGCGCAGAGUCUUCACAAGAUCUUCAGGGCUUUGCGAGAACCUCCUUGCUGGUUGUCCAGCGGCGCGCUCCUCGUCCGAAAGUCUAAAGAGGUCAUAGCGUAUUUCUUAUUUAUAACGACCUGUUUUGAUCUUGAUGGCUAUGGUAAUUCGUUUGACAAGUACUAGAAAUUAAAUAAUAGGGGUUGACAUCACAAGAGGCAGCUGAAACUGCUCAAAGGAACUAGGUAAAAUGUAACGAACUACUUGAAAGAAACACGACCGAUGUGAAUUAUUAUUUUGAUUAUUUCUGUAGGAAUUGAUUAACGCUCAUCACCUUCUCACUAUUGCAACGGAAAGCGGAAAACUCUGACAAUAUCUAGUAGCAUGCCAGACAAUAUCACAAGAAGACAGCGCUUUCAGAGCACAAGAGCAAGCAGGUGAAGCACAUCUGGUAGAGGAUGAGAAGACUUGAGAAGUGUGGCAAGCUCGCUGCAUUUCACAGAAACGCACGGAGAUCUGACUUGUGCAUCUGCUUGUUCGCCGUCUCUGGUCCACAACUCCAACGACAACCCGGAAAGCCGCCAGCCUUGAAAAAGAGAGGAUGAGAGACAACUUAAAAGAGAGCAGGCCGCCCUUGAGUCGGAUAGCUUUUCACUAGGAUCUUCUCUGAAUUUCAACAACGUGACUGGCUUUUUGUGGUGGACGUGAUGACUCUUGACAACUUUCCCACGCAAGUUGCAACAGAUAAGAAUAAAACAGUCUGACCAUCACGCUUGCGCUUUUUGGGAACAAGAGCACCUUCUUAUCCAAACACCUAAUAGCCGCUUAAAGUCUAUCAAAACUUGUCUCGGCAAGUACUAGUAGACAGAACUCACAUGAGGCCAUCUGCUCCAGACGUUGUGGUUUCCUGCUAGCUUACCGCGGGAUCAAUUUAGAUCACCAACAGCUUGCAAACAGUGGACGCCUCAUCAUCUGCGCCUCAUGAGUUCCGGCACAUGUUUAUGCUAACUAUGAUGAAAAAAUAAGUGCAUGAUUGAAAAAGUAUCUUUCUUCUACAUAUUCUCUCAGUAAAUGAAUGGAUAAAAUUUAAUACAACACAGAAAAAAAAUUCUAAUCUAAAUCAAGAGUUCUAUACCGUCAUCUAUUUGGAUAAUCAUCAAAAUUAUACGCGAUGCCCGGUAACGCUGCAAGUGGAGGAGCGACCACAAAGGCGCGCCGCCUACAACGUCACAAUACAGACGAUGUCGCAGCUGAAAUUCGCGCAAAAACAGGGAUUCCGGUACUUAUUUUAUCUCUCAUUAUUAACUAUAUUCUUCUAUUUAAGUACCAUCUUCAGGCUCUCUACUCUGUUAUAGUUUUCUUGAAUUGAGUAGAUUCCAACUGUUAGCUUAUUCUUGUAGCCCAAGCAGAUUACAGAAACCAGCUGGACUAACAACAAGCAUCAAAUGAACCUUCCCUCCACUCAAAUCAAAAACAAGCCGCCUCUUUUUUCACAUUCUAAAAAAUCUAAAUUUAAACUAAACAGAACACCGCGACCAUGAUUUCCUGUACUAAGACGCUAUGCAACGAUCAGCAAAACGUCAAAGCGAGAGUCUUGGGUCGUAUUGAGAGGCUUGCGGAAGUGGAUGAGGCGAAGAUUGAGGUUGAGCUUUUCUUGGAGCACGAAAAGUCGAUUGCUAAAGCUCUCAAGAAGAUUCCAGGACCUAUUCGCAGCAUCGUCACGGCUGUCCGUACUGACAAAGUGUCCGCCCAGGUCCUCUUACUCAAGAGAGGCACGUUCGAGGGCACGGACGACGAGACGAACAAGCGAGUCGUGGUAUUGAUAGUGUUUUUUAAUUAUAAGAUGAUGGUAACUCUAACGAUGAUCUUAGGGGUAGCCAAGACUUCAGUGAUGUUGUUGAGUUUGGGUUCCUUAUGCAGUAUGAGCCACAUUCUUGCAGUAGCACAAGUUAUAGCUUCAUCAUCUUCAGUUCUUGCAAACCCGCCCGCAUUUUUCUAAAUCUAACCCAACAGAAUCACCUUGUCGACCGGUACAAAGGGAUCACCGAUGAGCACAACUGCUCACGCGCUUUGGCAGCUUGCUCGUAUCUGUUGCCGCUAUUGCCGGACACGAACUGCAAGGUCAUAUGCGAGGUUGCUGCUGCUCAUGCCUACGUUGAGGGAGCUGCGAAGAGCUACAAGUCGGCUAAGGAGGCACGCGCGAAGAACUUGACGCAGCUGGACGUUUGGAACACUGGCAAAGGGCGGGCGUUCUGCAUGAACGCGACGUCAAACCUCCGCCAGCUUGUGCAGAACUGCACGCUCAUCAACACGGCCAUCAAGGAGCAAAAAGUUGGCAAGUUGGAGGAGAAGCUCUUGAAGCUUGUCGACGGUGAGCCGAAGCCACUCAGCCCGCAAUACGUUUUCUUCUAUGGCAUCAAAACGGUAAUUUCUCUCAGCUAGGCUCUCCAGCUUACUUAUUUCUCAGCUAAAUGCUUGCAUUUACUUCAAGUUUUUAAUUACUGCGAAACUCUUCGACUGAAAAACACAAAGUCAAACAUCUUCCUCCCCUAGCUGAUCCCCAGACGUUUGCAAAUUUCAAAAACUUGCAACUUUCCCAGGCCUUGGCCACGGCAGCAACCGACGAACGCGUUCUGUUUGUGCAGAUCGGCAUCACGAACUGGCUGAACAUGAACACCGAGGAGGAACCGGAGCUGCCCACACUUGGCGAGGUCAACCGUGCUCUUGAUGAUUCCGAGUGCGCGGAGAUGAUGUUGUGGAAGAGUGUCGCCGGCCAUGUGUACCCGAACUGGUCUGGUGAACCGAAAAUGAAAGACCUGGUAUAUUUUUUGAUUGAUUUCCGUAAUGUCGUAGUGGGAAUGUGGUGGCUUUUUUUGAGGAUGGAUGAGGAAGUGAAAACUUAGAAAAGUCCUUGAAUUACUGAGAGCAAAAUCAAGUGCAUCUACAUCCAUAAUAAUCCUAUACCUCUACCACCCAGAUGAAUGGCGGCAUGUCCUCGAAGGUGAAGAAGUGCAGCAAGGCGUUUGGUGGCACCCAGCCCCAUGCGGCUUUCAAGAGCCUCGAGGGGUUGAUCACUCGCGUUCGUACUUGCGGCCAGCGUCCAUACGCGAAGAUGCCUGGGAAUGUGACAGAGGGUUUGCCAAAUAAUUGCAGAAAUAUCGUGCUUCGGUUGGAUCAAGAGCGAGUUGACAACGACGUACAGAAUUUGAUCAAUUCUCUGAAGCAAAUCGGUGAGAUCUGGGAUAACUACGACGAGAACAACUACCAUCAGCAAAUCAAUCAAGUGAAAGGGCUACGUGAUGGCUGUUGCUCCACGGCGGUCAAGGAUAACGACGUCAUGGCCCCUCUGCUGGAGACUGUGCGCCGUGUGACCAACAUUUUCCUCUUGGACGACCUUGAUGAAGAAGCAGAGGCCAAGGCCGUCCUCACUCACCUGGAGUUGUCCAACUCUCGCACGCUCAUCGCGUUUCCAGAGGUUGCUGAUGCUUUUAAAGCAUUCUGCGAGUCGUAUCGAGGCUUCGACUUGAGGGAGACCAAGAAGCUGAUUGACUCGGCCAUUUCUACCAGUAUAUAUAAACAUUUAUUUUUGUGUUUGUGAGUGGUGUAUUUAGUGCUAUGCCUGUGCCCGUAGUUGUGGCCCUUAUCUGAUAGACAGCAUUUCCAUCCUUUUAAUCCUCAGAAAGAUUCAAGAUUUAGACUUCUCGCAGCUCCAUCCAAGGACGGCAAUGCGACUUAUAUGACCUGCAUUUUCAUCGGAUUUUCAUGAUCAAACCUCUCUCACAAUCUUCCAGGUAACUACGCGGAUUCGAUCAAGGCCUACAACGAGGCAGACGAGAACUGGGAGUUCUUGUCCCCGGAGCCAAGAUCGCGACUGUACGCCCGUAUCAAGAAGAAAUUCCCCAACCAGCCCGGCGGCCACAAUAAUGGCAACGGUGCGGCCAACAACUUGCAGAUGGCGGCGGUCGAGAUCAAUCUCGACGACUAAGCAGAGCAAGAUGCGCCUUUGCAGCGGGUGGGGAUAGGCGUGUGGCAUGAAGAGAAGAGUCACAGAAUUUUCUAAAUGAACCACCACAGUCAUGACGUUGAUAUUUAUUGGGAUGAAGAAGGUAGAACUACACGGACUUUAUGCCGAAAUAUGAAGACUGACGACGAUCCCUUGCUGUACUACGCUCUUGAUUCAUGAUCUUGGUAGUAUUUUCAAAUAUUUCAUCUUCUUGUCUGUUUUAAAUCAUGGUGUAAAUCAAUUUAUUUCUGUUGGAUUUGUGUUGCCUUCGUCGACUCGUUGCGUGAAUAACGAGGACAAGGCUAAAAUUUAAAGACCUACACAUGAUGAAUUUGAUUCUGAUCUAAAAACGAACGCGCGCCAUCCUAUACAUAUUGACUAAUAUGAGAGAAAGAUGUAGAGUCUGUUCAUUUAUCGCUCCGAGAUUUGACGCCGUUCCUCUGGCUUAAGGUCAGAAUGUGGGAUUUGGUUAUCGACUUAUCGGAGCAAGAAUCAACUUGCACAGAAGUCGGCCGUUAGUGCUUCAUCAUGACACUUUUGGAACGACCUAACAGAGCUACUAUCGAUGUGAAUUGUGUCAGUCAUCAUAGCGCAUUCUACUACAGCUGUGCAAUGAACUGAUGCAAAAAAAUGCGAAAUUAUACAACUGUGCGAAAAGGAUUAGCGUGGGG